AUGUCCUCAUUUAUUCGCCGGCUCCAGGGCGGAAACCUGGAAGUCGUUAAGUUCGGCAUGUACGUCCUCUUCCCCAUCGGUUGGAUGUACUACUUCGGCACAAACCUCGACGACCGCUUCAGCGUAAAGGGUUUCUGGCCCACCGCCGAACAAUCACACAAGAUCCCACUCGACAAGGAAGAGAUCGAUAAAGAAUUGGCGCGCAUGCGCAUGGUGGAAACUGUUCGUCGGGAGAGACGGGAGCGGGAAGUUGCGGCUUUGCAGGCUCAACAGGCUCAGGUUCAGGCGCAGGCGCAGACUGAGUCAAGUCAACAAUAA